CGUCAUCCUUACACUUAACAUUUUCAUCACCAAGUAUCUUCUUUCCACAAGUCGACAGGGAACGCGCAACCAUGGACCACAACACAAGCAACUCCUCAGCUCUUAUUCGCAAGAGGGGCGAUACAGAGUUGAUGCCGCCGCCGCCACCGACGAAGCGAAUCAAAAGACCAAAGAAAGUCCUCGACGAAGAGGGCUAUACAGACGCGCUAUCCCAAAUCAUCGCUCGCGAUUUCUUCCCCGGGCUUCUCGAGAGCGAAACACAACAAGAAUACCUAGACGCGGUCGAUUCGAAAGACGAAGCAUGGAUAUCGAGCGCGAGCCGACGUCUCCACCAGGUUAUGACACCGGGACAUCGAAGAUCGAGGAAGGGGACGUCGUUAGCGCCGGGCGCGCAGACACCUAGAGGUUUCAUUGGAGACACUCCAGUGUCUGUAUCGGGCGAAUCUACGAUAACUACUUUAAAAGAAAAGGACGAGGUCGAUAUUAAUAUGAGCUUGGGCGCAUUCCAAUCCAAAUACACAAGCGAAGACAACGAAAGCUUUUACAAGCUUCUGGAUAAGCAGAACUCCAAAAAGGCCGAGAAAUACGCUUGGCUAUGGACCGGGAAUAAGCUACCUUCCAAGAUGCAAUUAAAACAGAAGGAAAUUGAAGCGAAAUUAUCGGAGACGCGCGGCUUGACUGACGAUGGGUUCAAAAAGGACCGUUUAGCCAUCAAAGAUAAAGACGAGAGACCUGCUCAACCCGACACGUGGAAAUCAUUACCAAAUAAUUCCUUAAUGUUCGUACCUGAAAGCGUAGAGGAUUCGAUGGAGACUAGGAUACAAAAGUCGGAAGCAGAAUCUCGAGCUGCCCCCAAGGGCGUCAACUAUAACAACACUAGGCUGCCAGCGCCGAAGGUUAGCGAUGAAGAAUCCGUACCACCGUCGCCAUCGUUAUCUGCUGUGCGAGAUGCUAUCGCUGGGAAACGAAGAGAAAGUGAUCUUAAUUCGACCACUGCAGGAAACGAAACACCGAGGGUCAAUGGAUAUGCAUUUGUGGAUGAUGAAGAGCCGGAGUGGCAACAACCAGCGCCGAAAAUCGAUCUCGGCCCCGGGGAUGCGACACCGAAUCCAUUUAUCAUUAAGGAACAGAGCAAGAGAGAAGCUCUCCACCAUCGGAUGGUUGAUCGAAUCUCACAAUCCAAGAGAACGGCUUCUAAGGAGGGCUUGCUUGGGAAAGUUGAGAGGACGCCUGUUCCGAAAUUUCCAAGUAGUCCUCGGGUGACGGGUGGGUUGACACCGGCAGCGCAACGAUUAUGGAGCCAAAUCGGAGGGAGUGGUGGAAGCACUCCAAGAACACCAUUCGGACAAAGCACGCCGAUGAAAGGACGGUCCAAGUUAAAGCAGUCUUUGAAAUAGCAUGGAGUUGGUUAUGAAAUUAUGAUAGAACUAUGAUAUCCCCAACAAUAAAAUUGUUUUUAGACAUAAUACAAAUAUUAUGAAGUACUUCAUUCACAUCUUUCCGAGCUGUGAUUAAUAUUUCAUCCGAGUUCUGAUA